AUGGAAAAUGAGCCCAAGAAAGGUAAGCAAAAGAUUGAGAUGCAGUUAAUUGAGUCUGAGAGAGCACGCGCUAUAAGUUUUUCCAAAAGGAAAAAAACCUUGUUUCAAGAUGCAGAAAAGCUUGCAACUCGGAGCGGAGAUGAAGUUGGUGUUAUGCUCUUUUCACCAGGUGAAAAACCAUUUUCUUAUGGUUCCACAAGUAUAGAAGAAAUAAUUGAUAAAUUUUUAAAAGUGAAACUAGAGCAACGUGAUCAUGCUGAGGGAAAAUCUGUUGGAUUUGGGGCAUUUAAAGAUCUUCGCAAAGAAUUGCAAGAACUUAACGAGAAAGAAAGAAGACGAAUAUUAAUGUAUAAGAUUAUGCACCCUGGCUCAGAAAUACCUUCGGAUAAACACAUGGAGGAGAAGAAGGUGGCAAUGUUGUUGUGGGUAAAGGAAAUUUUAAAUGAAACAAAAAGUGCUAUUUUGAGCAAGCAUUUCAAGUUUGAUUUAAAUGUUCUCCCUGAGCCAGAAGAACACGAGAGUUCUUGA